AUGGGGUUGACAGUCGGAACGCGGCUCCAGCCUGCGUGGAAGACUUUGGACAAGUGGCUUCCACCUAUCUCUGAGGACAAGGACUGGUGGUGGAAGUCUCUUGGGCGGCACCUUAUCACUCUUCUCGACCAUGCCGACUACAAUCUGAACGAGCAGUACGAGGCUCUGCUGUUCCUGCACCGAUGGGUCGUUCCCCAGAUGGGCCCCAGACCACGGUCCAUCCAUCCAGCAUGGAAAAGUUUCAUGACGGAUGACCACUCUCCCAUUGAGUACAGCUGGAAAUGGGGCCUCGGCGACAAGAAGCCUGAGGCUCGCUACAGCAUCGAGGUCAUCGGUCCUUUGGCUGGAACCAAGGAAGAUCCAUUCAACCAAGCUGCCACACGAAAUCUUCUGCAGAGCCUAGCGGCAUCAAUGCCUGGGCUCGAUCUGACUUGGUUCGACCACUUCUCGCGAGAACUGCUGGGUCCUGGGACGCCAGCCUUGUCUUCCUCGUCGAGCCCAGGCAAUUCAACCAUGUUCCUUGCCUUCGAAAUGGUACGCGGACGCAUAGGAGUCAAGGCCUAUUUCUUGCCCGUCGAAACAGCCGAACUCAGUGCCGCGUACCAGAUACUGCGGGCCAUCCGGAGUGCAGGCUGUCAGAAUCUGGAGGCUGUUCACCAGUUGGAGUCGUACCUCCUGGACGACACCGCCGGAUCCAAUCUGCGACCAUUCAUGCUUGGGAUCGAUUGCAUCAGCCCAACGGCCUCACGGCUAAAAGUCUACGCGCGGUCAACUGAGACCUCGUUUCAUUUCGUUCGCAACGUCAUGAGCCUCGGUGGUCGCCGGACGGGCCUCGACGCCGUGUCGAAUGAGUUCUUCGAUCUGUGGAAGCGCACCGUUGGUCUCGAUCCCAACAGCGGGCCUGAGACAGAGUUGCAAGCUGUGGACCACCCCACGUCGGGUCUUUUAUUCUACCUCGAUGUUGCGCCUAAAUCUCCUCUUCCUGAUGUCAAGGCAUAUAUCCCCGUUCGGCACUAUGCUCAGAACGAUCUACAAGCCGCACAGGGGCUGAUCAGUUACCUCAAAGACCGGGGCCGUGGCCGAUACUCACGGCCGUACUUACGGAGCUUGGAGGCUUUGGGACCGUGGAACAGUCUGGGACGUGAUACUGGCGUGCAGACUUAUUUCACGAUUGCGUACCAGCGUGGUGAUUUGUCUAUUACGUCCUACUUUAGCCCGCAGAUGUAUACUGCACAUAGACGGUCUUAA